CACCCUUAUUUGGAUGUGAAGAUUUAGGCGGGAGAUAGGUUAGCAAUUUGCAAGGUUGGUUAUGGCGCCCAUUGCGCUGUUCGUGUUCAGUGAGCGUAGUGGGCGCUGCAACAGAUAAGAUUCCGAAUAUGGCAGCGGCUCAGCUUCCAUGCCAUAUGCCAACCAGAAGGAAAAAGCUCUUACCUGUAAUCUCACCUUUUCUCUGCCCAUAUUUUUUUUGGAAUCGAAGGAAUCGGUUCAGGGACAAAUUCUUUCGGGGUUCUCUGAGAAUCUCAUUUUCUUUCGGUUUUUGAUUGAUUAAACUAACUAACUGUUUCUUCCCUUCUCGAAUCUCGACUGUGAUUAUGCGAGUAGUAGCAUGGAUCUGAGAAAAUGGAGUGAUUAGAAUCUCCAUUUCAGUUUUACUUCAUAUCGCCUCUGAUUCGGCAUUGGAACUCCCAGGUGAAAUCCAUAGAUUUUGCUUCUCUUUUAGGGUUCUGCUCUUGUAUUUUGAAGCUACUUUCCAUUAAUAUUCUCUACAUCUUUCUUGUCGUUUUGGAUUUCCUUUCUAACUAUGCGAGUUGCACAAGACGACCACCAUGUGUUUGUAAAUUGUCCCAAUGAAAUCCUGAUUGAGAUUCUCUCAUAUCUACCUGUGAAAUCGCUUCUGCGAUUCAGAUGUGUGUGCAAAGAAUGGAACAAAUUAGUUCAGACACCAUUGUUUGUCAGUGCUCAUUUGGGAAAGAGGAUUCCAAAUUCUCUACUCAUAAUCAAUAGCUCUAAUACAGACCAGAAAGCAUGUUUCUCACUUUUCAAUGCUGAAACAGUCAAUGAAGCUCUUCAAUUAGAAUUGCCCAUGAAGGCCCAUCCAGGCUAUAAGCUCUCUGUCUGUGGAUCAAAUAAUGGAUUAAUCUGCAUUUCAUCUGCAAAUCUGUUGGAUGUGGAUCCAAUUUAUAUAUGGAACCCAUCUGUUAGAAAAUCUAGGAAACUUCCCAGAGGUUUAAUUCCCAAACAGGACCAUUGUUGGCCUCUAAACUACCUUGCAUUUGGCUUCCACCAAGCAGUAAUUGAUCACAAAGUGGUGAGAAUUGUGAGGUUUGAGCAAUGGAGUUGCUGUUACCAAGUGGAAAUUUACAGUCUCAAAUCUGACUGUUGGAGGAGAGUUCCUGCUGUUCCUCCAAUUCCCUCUGCCCUUGACUGCAGAUUGUUGCCCAAAUCCAUCUGCUUCGAUGAAGUUGCCUAUUGGAUUGUGAAGCACAAAAAUGGUGGAAUUCCCAUUUCCAUUCUUUCUUUUGACAUGGCUGCUGAAGAGUUCCAUAGGCUAAUGUUACCUGACUGUUUGGUUUACACUGAUGCUCCAUCAUCACCAUCUCUGGGAGUGGUCAAGGAAUCCCUUUCUGUUUUCCAUUGCAGGUCUGAUGGUGGGAAGCAACUGUGUGACACAUGGCUUCUGAAAAUGGGUACUUGGGUGAGAUUAAACACCAUUAUUCUGCCACUACAUGAGCAAAUAACAAGAACUUGGAGGCUCUUAGAUUGUAAAAUUCUCCUUGCAAGGCAGACUGAAGGGCUGGAAAAUUCUAGUCUGACACUGUUCGACCCUGAACUGGAGCACAUUGAAGAUGUUCGAAUUGAAUCAGGGUCUCAUUGGGUUUAUGCAGAUUCUUAUGCUGAGAGUCUUCUUCUACUCUGACAAAUUCUGCAACUUCAGGUACUAUUCGAUAAGGAUUCAAUUUCUAGUCUUCUACUUUUAACAAUUGGUUUCUUUGCUGAAAACAACAAUUUUUUUUGUGGAUAAAUAUGAUCCUAUAGAAUAAGAAUCUUUAUGUGUAAUUCUUGUGCCA